UUAUUGAAUGUAAAGUGAUAUACAUUAUGUUUAACCACAUCCUUAUCUCGUCUUCAAUAACUAUGCCUAAGAAGCAUUUACCAAGCGCCACACUGGUACCAUCGUUUCAUUCACAAGAAAAUACAAUUGAGUGACUAUAUAAAGCUAGACGUAUUGACUUUCCUUAAUCACUAGUGUCUACUCAAUUUAAUAGAACAUAUUUUGAAGAUGAAACGAUAUUUGGGCUUGCUUUUACUAGCUACUAUGAGUGUAGCAGCCAUGGCGGAGAGUACCCCCUCAAAUGUUUUACUAAGGAGAGAAGCAAUUGAGAACGUGGAUAUUUCGGAGGCUUCUUCUCAGAAUAAUUUUACGAGAAGUUUGUUUUUCGCCAUCUCUAUGAUUUUUGGCUGCGAACUUGGGGAUAAGACAUUCAUUGUGGCAGCCCUUCUUUCUUUCGAAAAUUCAAGAGGCAUGGUAUUCCUUGGAUCUUUUAGUGCCUUAUUUUGCAUGACUUUGCUCGGUGUCCUCUUAGGACAUGCUGCUCCUAUGCUUUUCCCUAAACAAUUCACGGAUCUUUUAGGAGGAUUGCUUUUUGUAAUCUUUGGUGUCAAAAUGAUCCGUGAAGGUAUUGAGGCUAUGAAUGCUCACGAAUCCAUUGAUGAAGAAUUUAAACGUGUAGAAGAUGAAAUCAAUACUGCUAAGCCAGUUGAGGAGCUCAUGGAAGAAGGUGUGGUUUCUAAAGAACAUAUUCAAAAGUCCGAGAAAGAUAGCAUCGAUUUUUUCGAUUCAACUAUAGAUGGAUUAAAAAAUCUCUUCGGUUUUUUGUUGUCCCCCUUGUUUGUAAAGGCAUUCGUUUUAACGUUUGUGAGCGAAUGGGGUGAUCGCUCUCAAAUUGCAACCAUUGCUAUGGCUGCUAGUGACAACAUGUUUGGUGUAUUUCUAGGAGCUAGUUUAGGUCAUGGCUUUUGCACGGGUUUAGCCGUACUCUCUGGGAAAUAUCUUGCUACCAAAAUCCAAAUGCACAAAGUAUUACUAUCUGGAGGCUGCCUUUUUAUUGUCUUUGGUUUGGUAUACUUUUAUCAAGGGUUCUCUUAAAACUUGGGUUUUCCGAAUACAUUAUAGACGAAACAAUUUACGGAAAUGGAGGAAUUGCUCCACGAUAUUUGACAUACUCUGUCGUUGUUUAUGGUAUGAAGAUAGAAGGAGGAUGGAAUCACAUAAUAUUUUAACUAAUAUACUAAAACAUAUAUCUGAUACAUUCUUUGACUUUUAUACGAAUUAUCCUAUGA